UGUACUUCAACGACUCCCGUGAGAGUCCCACUGCCAAGUGCGCGAUAAGUACAGCCUAUCUCAUGCACGAUAUACCCAGCGGACGCUGUAGCGGCGUACGAGUCAGCUUGUUCUCAAAGGCCACUGACAUCCGCCCGAGCUCACGAAUAGGUUGAACAUGGCUGGUCCUGCGCCUUCUUCGCCAAGCACCAUCCCCCCACAACCGACGGCCUUGCGCGUCCUCGUGACGGGAUUUGGACCCUUUUCCACUGUCAAGGUGAACCCCUCAUGGCUCGCCGUCAAGCCCCUGCACAACACCACCCUGCACACACUCGAUCCCGCCGCGCGCCCCAUCCACAUCACCGCGCUCGAAGUCCCCGUCACCUACACUGACGUCCUCUUCCUGACCCCCCGCUUCCACGCAAGCCCCCCGGUCCUCCCGUCGCCCAGAGACCCAGCCGUCGCGCCGUAUCCGCCACCUGCAGACGGCUUCGACUUCAUCCUGCACGUAGGCGUUGCGGGGCCGGGACCUAUGCGCGCCGAGAAGCGCGGCAGAAAGGUCGGGUACAACACGCCGGACGCGGAGGGCAGGCUCUGUGCUCCUGUCCCGACUGAGGACGGAGACGCGGUUGGGCCGAACGCUGCGCCUCCGUCUGGGGCGGGACAGGUCCGCUCCAUGCUGUACGAUUGGGCGCGCAGUUUCGCCGCAUACCUGGACCCACCUGUGCGUGGAUUCGGCAAGGGAUACGAAGCCUUCCAAGACGAGCUCUUCACUGAAGUGGACUCUGAUGCGUUAAUUGGGUACCUGAAGGAAACUGGGUUUACGGUAUGCCCCUGCCUUUGACCCCCGCACCCCACGAGAGUGACUUUUGCGAUGCAACGCGUGUAGCAAAUCGUACCGUCGACGGACG